UUAUUAUUGAUAAACACAUCACAAACGCACCCCAAAUCAGCUUUUUUGUGAAAAUCUCGCGAUGGAACCUCCACCUGACCUGGCAGACGGGUUCCCCAAUUGGCUGGAGCUGCCCCGCGACGUGACGGCGUCGAUCCUGCUGAGACUGGGCGUCGCCGAGAUCCUGACGAGCGUGCAGAUGGUGUGCUCGCCGUGGCGCAACCUCUUCAAAGACCCGUCGAUGUGGCGCACUGUCGACAUGCGCAACCGCGGCGACUGGGAUAUCUCCUACGACAUCGAGAUGAUGUGCCGCCACGCCGUCGAUCGCAGCUGCGGCCAGUUGGUCGAUAUCAACGUCGAGUACUUUGGCACCGACGAGCUCCUCAGGCACAUCGCUGACAGUUCAAGUCAGCUCAAACGCCUUCGACUACAUUGCGAUGAUGACAUUUCAGAUGAGGGAUUGAGUGAAGUGGCUGCAAAACUUUCAUUACUAGAGGAGCUUGCCAUUUCACAUUGUUCAUUGUCAAAAGAAGCUUUGAAAGCUGUGGGCCGGUGUUGCCCUCUUUUGAAAUCACUCAAAUUUAACAACGAGGGGUAUAGAACUCCUCACAUAGAGUGUGAUGAGGAGGCACUUGCUAUUGCAAAGAACAUGCCAGGAUUGCGCCACCUCCAACUUUUCGGAAAUAAGCUGACUAAUGACGGCGUGCAGGCCAUCCUUGAUGGUUGUCCUCACCUUGAAUCACUUGAUCUACGCCAAUGUUUCAAUGUCACUCUGGCAGGGAAUUUGGGAAGAAGAUGUGCUGAACAGAUUAAAGACUUGCGGCGUCCCCUUGAUCCCACUGAUGAUUAUGAAUUUGAUGCUGAACUUCAUGAUUAUGGUUCUUUUGAUGACGACUACCCAUCUGGGUCGUCGGACAUAGAUCAUUUGUUAAAUAGUUAUGGGUAUUAUGAAUUCUCAGAUAGCAGCAACUCCGACUACGACGACCAAGACUACGAUGACUUCACCAACUAUAGAGAUAUUUAUGACCCAGAUUUUGAUUUUGACUAGUGUAAAUGAAAUGACUUCUGUGCUUCACCCAACUCUUGUCUCCCAAUAUUUUGAAUGUUUAGUAUUUCUAUCA